UCUCUGCAUCGUGGCACUGAUAUAUACUAACAAGAGCCAGGAAGAAAGCCAUCAGGCACCGCUAGAUUCCCAAGGGACUCGCAGGUGCUAGUGUUGCAAGGGAUCCGUGCAUCUUAGGUACCUAAGUGAGCCCAGUAAUGCCUGCCUCUGCACGAAGAAAUAGACAGAAUCGGGCUACAACCUGAGUAUUCCUUCCAGACAUUAAUUUGACAGCCUCGUCACAUUGAGAAACAACUGGACGCCAGUAGUUGUUGCCCGAUGCUGAGUGGAAGGUGUGUCUGGCAUUAAUCAGGCAACUUCGACCCUGGUUCGGCAGGCAAGUCUUCAAGCGAUCUUCAGGAACGGGGAACCCCUCUCAACUAAACCCAACCCAACUCCAGCCACCUCACAGACAAGACGACGGAACUCUGGGAACACUCGAAAUAACGUGUUACUCUACGCACGUGGAAAGUCUCAAGAUAAUCGUAUUGAACGCCAACCCAACAUGGAUAAUUCGACAGACGCCAGCGCCGCCUUUGCGCAUCCUUACUACCCAGUCACCGCUGCCCUGCCGCACUACGUUGCCAACAAGAACUCCAUCCUCGGCCUGCUCUUAUUCUUCGGGAGCAUAAUAUCUUCCGUCGUGUUCACUGCCGUCAUGGGUGCUAGAAACGCCUAUCCUCAGCUGACAGCCUCGGACCAGCUUUCCGUGGCUUGGUUUGCUCUUUGCGGAUUCCUUCACUGUUUCUUCGAAGGAUACUUCAUCCUGAACCACAGACAUCUCGCGAGCGACCAAAAUCUCUUCGGCCAGCUGUGGAAGGAGUAUGCACUCUCCGACUCUCGCUACCUGACCUCCGAUCCAUUCAUGCUCUGUGUUGAGUCUUUCACGGUAUUCGUGUGGGGUCCCCUCUGCUGGGCCAUCGUCAUCACUACUGCCAAGCGGAGUCAGUUGCGUUAUCCCUUUCAGAUCAUCAUGAGUGUCGGGCAUCUGUACGGCGUCGUGCUCUACUACUCAACCAGCUUGAUCGAGUUCUAUUCCAACGGAGUGUCGCACAGCAGACCCGAGUUCCUGUACUUUUGGGUCUACUACAUUGGUUUCAAUGCACCUUGGGUCGUGGUGCCUGCGAUUAUUCUCUAUCAAACCACAGUCCAUAUCAAGAGACACCUCACAGACCGUGCGGACGUGGUGGUCAAGCUGAACAGGAUUGAUGGCAUUAUGGGUGACAAAUCUUGGCAGACGUAUGUGCCCAAGGACGAGGAGAAGAAGACAAAUUAGCUUUUAUGAUGGCUGUAUGAAUUGUGGUUUAGCCAUGCCGGAUAGUCUUUGUUGUGGAAUAGAUUCAUGACGCUAUGAGAGACUGUUCCAGCUGAAACUUCACCGUUCGAUACUCUUCCUCGGGUAAGCUUAUGCCCCUUUACGGCCUGAUGGAUUUGGCAUUCAAUGCAACCCGGGCCGGCACUAGUAUGACAUUUGGAGAACCGGAUUAGUUGGAGAAGCAAAAUUACCCCGCUAGCCACCACCAAAUCCCACCGAUUACGCCCAAGUCACCCAUCGUCACCAACCGCAGCAAACGACGAUAGCUUCACAAAACAAAAAUCAAAAACAUACAACAUCAGGUAUUCGCUGGUCGUCACCGACCCAACUACUAAUCCGGCCCUCAUAGGGCUUGUCUAUG